CUCAGUGAGUGAUCUCUCUCGGCUCCGCGGGCAUCCAUGGUCUAUCUCCCGGGGAUGCAAUCCGAGGCGCACAGCGUCAAGCCGGGACAACUGGUGGAGAUGUUUGACUCGUCUUGGAGGGUGCGGAACAUAUGGGACGGGGUGAGAUUGGAGGUGGUCGAGGAUCGCAGCCCGGUGGUCCUGCACAGCUUCACACACCUGGACCCGGACCUGCCUCUGCUGGAGAGCUCGACGCAGGAGAUCGGCGAGGAGGCCGAGGAGGACGCCAUCUUCACCAUCACGCUGAGGAAGGUGCAGCUCCACCAGUCGGCCAGUAAGGGGCAGCGAUGGCUGGGCGUGGAGACGGACUCGGCCCUCAGCCUCUACGAGACCUGCAAGGUGCGGACCAUCAAGGCCGGCACGCUGGAGCGGCUGGUGGAGUACAUGGUGUCGGCGUUCAGGGGUAAAGACUCCACCUACGUCACCAUCUUCCUCUGCACCUACCGAUCCUUCGCCACCACCAAGCAGGUGCUGGAUCUGCUGCUCAACAGGUAUGCCAAGCUCCAAAAUGUGCCUGCAGCCACAGCACACAGAGUCUCCCAGGACGACUGCACAGAGCUGAGAAACACUGUUUCGUCCAUCCUGGGUGCGUGGCUGGACCAGUACUCCGAGGACUUCUGGAGUCCGCCGAACUACGACUGUCUGCACCAGCUCAUGUCCUACCUUCACCUCCACUUCCACGGCUCGGACCUGGAGCGCCGCGCCCGCAACCUGCUGGCCCACUUCUACCGCCGACAGCAGUGUGAGCCUGAUCCUGAUGGGGAACACAUCGGCUGCCCGUUCGCCACGCAGGAAGAGAGCGGCUUUGAGGACGAACUUCCUGCUUUUAGCUUCCUGUCAUUUGACCCCAUCAUGGUGGCGGAGCAGUUCACGCUCAUGGACGCGGAUCUGUUUAAGAAGGUGGUGCCCUACCAUUGUCUGGGGGGGAUUUGGUCUCAGCGAGACAAGAAGGGGAAGGAGCACCUGGCUCCGACCAUCAGAGCCACCGUGGCCCAGUUCAACUCCGUCACCAACUGUGUCAUCACCACCUGCCUGAGCAACCCGACGCUGAAGCCCAACCAGAGGGCUCGGCUGCUGGAGAGAUGGAUCGACGUGGCGCGGGAGUGUCGGAUCUUGAAGAACUUCUCCUCGCUGCGAGCCAUCCUCUCCGCUCUGCAGUGCAACGCCAUCCACCGCCUGAAGAGGACCUGGGAGGAAGUGUCAAGGGAGAGUUUCCGCACCUUCCGUGAGCUGUCCGAGAUCUUCUCAGACGACAACAACUACUCUCUGAGCCGAGAGCUGCUGGUGAAGGAGGGCACUUCCAAGUUCGCCACAUUGGAAAUCAACCCCAAGCGAGCUCAGCGGAGACACCAGCAGCAGAGAGACCUGGGAGUGAUGCAGGGGACGAUUCCCUACCUGGGAACCUUCCUGACGGACCUGGUGAUGAUGGACACUGCCAUGAAGGACUACACUGAGGGUGGUCUGAUCAACUUUGAGAAGAGAAGAAAGGAGUUUGAGGUGAUCGCUCAGAUCAAACUGCUCCAGUUGGCCUCCAACAACUACAGUUUCACUCAGGACAGCCACUUCAGAGAGUGGUUCGCAGGCGUGGAGAAGCUCAGCGAGGCCGAGAGCUAUAAUCUGUCCUGUGAGAUCGAGCCUCUGUCGGAGUCGGCCAGCAACACGCUCAGAGCCAAGAAGAACGGAGGGAUCAUGAAACGCUGGAGCGACCGGCAGCUGACGGAGGCCGGCUCCAGCAGCGCUCCAGGCUCUCAUUCCAAAUCCUUCGACCACUCCCACUACAGACCGUACCAAGGAGGCGGCGGCGGCGGGGGGGACAGCGGCGACGCCCUCAGCGUCACCUCCGUCAGCUCCAGCGGCUCCGACCUGGAGGACGUAAACGCAAGCUUCCUGUCCGAUUCCCCCGAGGGACACGAGAGGAAGGUGAGGAAGAAAGAUGCAAGAAAGGAGUCACCGCAAAAACUUACCAAGACUCUGACGUCGACGCCUUCAGUGAAACUUUCUGUCUCUGCUUUGGGGAGAGACGCUCCGCCAGCAGACACGACCUCAACGUUCUGGGAGUGCACGUCGCUGUCGUCUCUCGACACGUCGGGGAUGGGCUCCAGCUCCGGCUCGGCCUCUGGCUCCAGCAGCGCCUCGUCCUCCUCCGUCUCCUCCUCCACGCCGAUGUCGGCCUCGCGCUCACACAAACGCUCGGUGUCGGCCGUGUCGAACUACUCCACCCUGUCGCUGCCGCUGUACAACCAGCAGGUGGACGACUGCUGCAUCAUCAGGGUCAGCCUGGACGUGGAGAACGGGAACAUGUACAAGAGCAUCCUGGUGACGAGUCAAGAUAAGACUCCGGCGGUCAUCAGGAAAGCGAUGAUCAAACACAACCUGGACCGAGAGAAGACCGAGGAGUACGAGCUGAUGCAGAAAAUCUCCGAGGACAAAGAGCUUCGGAUCCCGGACAACGCCAACGUCUUCUACGCCAUGAACUCCACUGCCAACUACGACUUCGUGUUGAAGAAGCGCGGCCCAAACCGGCCGGUGCGAGCCAAGAACGUCGCCAGUUCGACGCUGCCUCGCAUGAAACAGAAGGGACUGAAAAUCGCCAAAGGGAUUUUCUGAGGAGGAAAAACAACACAGGCCACUUCCUGCCUGACCCCCCCUUAAAAAAACAAAUGCCCCCUUUUUAAACCCACUCUCUCUCUCUCUCUCUCUCACCCCUGUGCCGUAACAGUCUCCGCUCCUUCAGAAGUUUCUGUUUCGGGGUCAGUCGGAGGCUACGACUAACCUGAAGUGUCUGAGUUUUGGUAGCGACUGGAAACUAAAACACACUGAGAUGCCAGAGGAGGAGAAACCUUCCCGUUGCGGAUUUGGCGGGAAGCAAAAGGAGCACCUUAACCGUGUCGCGGACUAAACCUGACGAACUUUUUUUUUAAAAGGCUGUCAGAGGAAAACGUCCCGCUGAGAGGAGAAGAAGAAGUCGUUUCCAGGUGUUCACGGAAACCAGAGGACACGAUUGUAGGGGAACAAAGAAAAAAAAAGCAGCAGCAGCAGCGGCGGCGUCGGAUCCGAAAGAUUUACUUCAUUUCCGUCUUUUUUUUUUUUUUUUUGGUUUACAACUUGUUUACAUCUUAAAACGUCAUUUUAGUUUCACGCACCUUCGAUUUAAUUCCAAGGAGUCUCCCUCAGCAGCCUGAAACAGGUCGCUCUCCUGUCUCCGGUCCUCACGCUCGCCCCCUGCUGGCCGCGGAGUGUACAUAACCCGAACAAUGCGACGCGGUGAAGCGAGCCAACCGGCGCCCCCUGGCUGUGGUUUUUUCGAAUGUGUUUCUAAUUUUUUCAGGGAACUUUUUGUGGUGUCGUUGUGUGUGUGUGUGAGUGUUACCGCCGCCUUUACCGUACCGUCUCACUCACUCCUCGCUCCUCUAAAGGGGGGAAGAGGAAGAGGAAGAGGAAGAGGGAGAGGAGAGAGGAGAGAGGAAGAGGAGGUUCCUGAUGUCAAAAAAAAAAUUAAA